CAAGUUCGGCUCUGUAGCCUGUACAUCACGCGCCAAAUGAUGGAGGAUGCGGGCGUCGACGUUGAGAAAAUAGCAGCUUCAAUGGGUGAGGCGCUUGCUAUCCUUCAUUUCAAAUGCGAAGCCAUGGGCUUUGUAAACUUUGUGCUUGGUGCUUCCCCUGCUUAUGAAGCAUGGAAAUUCGGACCCCUCGAGAUUGGUAUACAUAUUCUUUCCUUUGACGCACUUGAAGAAGCAGAAGAUAUGGGCGUGAAGGAGAUCACUUUGUAUUUAAGCGGAAAUAUAGGAAUGAUUCCAUUACCCGCGGAAUUCUAUGAUGAAGAUGGUGAUGAAGUAUGGCAGUCCUUCAGUACAGCCUACAUCAAACAAGGCAACGCAUGUCGCACUAAGGAUUCUAUACCGACGCCGGAAGCUGUUAUGGAGCAUUUUGUAUGGGAGCAAGGAAGGGAAAGGUCUUGA